AUGGGGCGUCAAUUUAUGUACUUGUACAAAUACAACACCAACUUUAGCAAUCUCCAAAAAGAUGUUGAGGGGAUGAAGCUUGCAAAAGACAAAGUUCAGCGUAAGGUUGAUGCUGCUGGAAGAAAGCUGGAAAAGAUUGAAGAGACCGUGGAGAAGUGGCAGAACGAAGUGGAUUCCAAAAUUGAUGAAGCAGAGAAGUUGAUUCAAGCAAAAGAAAACAACCCGCGAUGUUUCAAGGGAUUGUGCCCCAACUGGAUCACCCGCUACAAACAUGGCAAGAAAGCAUUCAAGUUAAAGGAGAAUGGUAUCAGUCAACUCCUAGAUAAGAAUAAUUUUCCAUUCCUACGGCUAGAAGAUGAAGUUGCCCAUCCUACUAUUCCUCAGGAGAUAUGGCUUAGAUCUACCAAAGAUUAUGUGGCUUUGGAAUCAAGAACUUCCACUGAGAAGAAUGUUUGGGAAGCAUUGAACGAUGAGAGUAUCUACAUGAUCGGUGUUUAUGGGAUGGGAGGUCUCGGCAAGACCACGCUUGUGCAGGGAGUUGGUAGGAAAGCCAUGGAAGAACAACUCUUUGAUGAGGUGGUUUUGAUAGAAGUAACAGAAACUCCAAAUAUAGAGACCAUUCAAUUAAAAAUUGCUAAAAAAUUGGGUCUCAAAUUGGAUAAUGAGAGUGAUGUAGCAGAUAAGGCAAAUAAGUUAUAUGAAAGAUUGAAGAUGACUAAGAAGGGUAAGAAGGAUGAGAAGGGUAAGGAGGAUGAGAAGGAUAUGAGGCCUGUGGAGAUGAAUAAGAAGGAUGAGCAGGAUGAGAAGGGUGACGAGGGUGACGAGGGUAAGAAGGAUGAGAAGAAUAUGAGGCCUGUGAAGAUUCUUUUGAUUCUAGAUAAUAUCUGGAAAGAUCUUGAUUUAGAUGCUGUGGGAAUUCCUUCCAAAGAUGAUCGUGGUGGAUGUAAACUACUGCUCACAACAAGAGACCUUGAGGUGUUAAAUAGCAUGAAUUCUACCAAGAAUUUCCAGAUGGGUACUUUAAAUGAUGACGAAGCUUGGAGCCUAUUCCAGAAGAUGGCAGUCUUGGCCCUUCUACAAAAUCUGUGUUAUGGUUUCAUGUGA